AUUUUUACCACCCAAUGAAAAUUCCACAGACUUGGCAUGGAAGUCAUGACCAUUCACAAGUCACAACUGAAAACCAAAAACAACUAAAAAAAACAAAAUAAUUAUAUAAUUAAUGAUACAAAUUUAAAGAUAUUAAAGAUUCCACAAAAUAAAAACUCAGUGUUGUCUCUCUCUAUCUAUCUCCUCCAUCACGCUCUCUCUAUCUUCUUAAUAUCUGUUUUUUGUGCUCAGAUCUGAACAGAGGAGACAGAAUCGAAGAAAAUGACCGACCGACUCUUCCCAGCUUCCAAGCCACCAACCGCAACUAACGGAGCUCCAUCCGGUGCUGCCUUAGCACCUCCUCCUCCAACUACCGUUAACGGUAACGGUAACGGAACAUCCAACGGCAUGUCUAACCAGAAACCGCAAGUCUACAUUCCAGCUAACCGUCCGGUUUACCGUCCACAGCCUUACAGUCGCCAUCACCACCACCAAUCUCGACCGAGCUGCCGUCGAGUCUGCUGCUGCUGCUGCUUCUGGUCGAUCCUGAUCUUCCUCCUCCUCGCUCUCAUGGCCGCGAUAGCCGCCACCGCCGUGUACGUGAUCUACCGCCCUCGUCCUCCGUCGUUCUCCGUCCCGUCGCUUCGUAUCAGCCGCGUGAACCUCACCACCGCGUCGGAUACUUCCGUCUCUCACCUCUCUUCCUCUUUCAACUUCACUCUCCUCUCGGAGAAUCCAAACCAGCACCUAACCUUCUCCUACCAUCCCUUCGCCGUCUUCGUCAAGUCAUCCAAAUCAGGGGAGACGCUCGCGAACGGCACCGUCCCGGCCUUCUUUAGCGGUAACAAGAACAAGACGACGUUUCGCGGCGUGAUCGCGACGUCUGCGCCGGCGGCGCGUGAGCUGGAUCCGGAGGAAGCUCGGCGUCUGAAGUCGGAUCUGACGAGGGGAACGCGCGUGGGGUUGGAGAUAGAGAUGCGGACGAAGGUGGAAAUGAAAAUGGGGAAGGUGAAGAGUGAAGGAGUGGAGAUCAGAGUGACGUGUCGGGGGUUCGAAGGGACGGUACCUAAAGGUAAAACUCCGACCGUGGCAACAUCGAAACAGACUAAGUGUAAGUCUGAUCUUAGUGUGAAGGUCUGGAAAUGGAGUUUUUAAAGGAAGGUAGGAUUGAUAAUUUUAGGUCAUUUUGUGGAUUUAUAUAACUUGUGGAAUGGUCCAAGAGAAAAUUUCUUUCUCAGUUUUUUAGAUAAAAAUUUGCAGAGAAGAGUCAGAGAGAUUUGUUGUUAUGUUAGUAGAGAAAUUCACUCACGCCUUCUGAAAAUUUUCUUUGGAUU